AUGCCACAGCCACCUGCCAAUGCGUUCCAGCAGGGGACACGUUUAAACGUUGGUACACACAAAGUUAGCAUCAUAAAAUAUAUCUCUGCAGGGGGCUUUGCAACCGUCUACACAUGCAACAUCGAACCAUCCUUCCAAGGCUCCAACAUUGCCUGUCUAAAAAGAGUCGUCGUACCAAGUAAGUGGCAGUUGAGUUUAUUGCGGCAGGAGGUUGACGCCAUGAGGCGAUUGAGAGGGAAUAAACACAUUGUGUCGUACAUCGAUUCGCACGCAGCACGAUUGAAUACCGAGAAUGACGUGUCCAAGGAACAACAAUAUGAGGUGUUGUUGCUCAUGGAGUAUUGUGAAAACAAUGGGUUGAUUGACUUUAUGAAUACGAGAUUGGUCAACAAACUAACCGAAAAGGAGAUAAUCGAUAUCAUGUACCAAGUCACGAUUGGGGUUGCAAUGUGCCAUCACCUAAGACCACCUUUGAUCCAUAGGGAUAUCAAGAUUGAAAAUGUGCUUAUAGACUCAAAUCAUGUAUUUAAACUAUGCGACUUUGGCUCCUCGGUCAAUUACAUGCUUCCACCAAAGAAUCCUCUGGAAUUGCAAUUGAUGAAGGACGAUUUGAUGCAGCACACUACUCCACAGUAUAGGGCACCAGAGAUGAUUGAUUUAACAAAAGGAUUUCCUAUCGACGACAAGCUGGAUAUAUGGGCGUUGGGUGUAUUUCUUUAUAAAUUGUGUUAUUAUACAACACCAUUUGAGCUGCCAAAUCAAACAAGUAUGCAGGAUUUGGAAAGGUGUAUACUCAAUUGCCAUCAAACCUUGCGAUUCCAUGAUCAACCAGGCUCGAUGUUCUCAAGUCGUUUGAAAAAUAUCAUCAAAGUAUGUCUUCGCGCUGAUCCACGAAGAAGACCUAAUGCCUUACAGUUGUUAGGAGAGAUUGCUCAGAUGAGAGGCGACUCUGGAGUACCAAAUGUCGUACCUACUAGUGUAUUGGAAGCUAGAGAAAAACCACAACAAUUGUCACAACAGCCAUCGCAACUGGUACCACGACAACCAUCCAAAUCACAAGCACAACUACAAACACAGCCAAAGAAAGAGCCUAUACUGGAAGCAAAGAAGUUAUCUCCUCAACCACCACCACCACCACCAACAUCACUGAAACCGACUGCUGAUGCUUUUUCCACUCUUGACAAGAGCAAGUUCCUCAACAAACUUGAUUCCAAGAUCGAAACAAAACAUAUAUCACCAUUUGAACUGGAACCUAUCCCAUCACCAAAUCGUCCAUUAAGUGCUUAUUUUGAUAGUGGUCACAAACAUAAAAUAUACUCACAGGGCAACAAAUCCAGUCCUGCUGUUCAGGACCUAGUCAGACGCGAAUUACAGAAAGGAUACAAGGUGGCCGAUUUGGGACCACAAAGCACAUUGGAGUUUUUAAAGACUAGAGAAAACGAGAAGGAAGUAGAGCGAAAUGAGAGUGGGGUGAAAUCUGCAUGGAAUACUUUGCGGAGAAUCAGCACUGGUGGAAGUACAAAUAAUGGUGGUGGUGGUGGUGAUGGUCGUAGCGGUGGUAUCAGUGCAAACAAUACUGGUGCAUCGGAAAAGAGUUUGAGAAGGAGAAGUAUUCGUGAAGUGCUUACUGGAAGUCGAAGAUCAUCUGACGAAAAUGUAAAGAAUACAAAUUCGAAAACACAAACUCAUACGCAAGACCAAGUACAGUUGAAGACACAAUCUCAAGCACAAGAACAUCGCGAAAAAGAAAAUUCCAUACAAAAGAGAAUGCAGGCAUUGCUUGAACAAAGUGAGAGACCAAAUGUUAAGAAAACCGCUCUGGGGUAUGGAAAAUUCACUGAUCGAAACGUUGCUGAUGACAUAAAUUCUAUCAAUGAAAGUCCAUAUAGCAAAUCCCUGUACAACAAAAAACCCCAACACCAGCAACACCAGCAACACCAGCAACAAAAUCAUCAACAUAACUCUCUGCUUCUGCACCUGCAUAAGCACAAGCAUAAAAAAUUGUCUCCUCCAAAAGUGCCUGUCAAUUUAUCAUCCACUAGGAAAUCGUUGCUGCCAGAGUCUUCCAUUGGUCUCAACAAAAAGAUACCUCCUCCAAAACCAAAGAAACCUCCUACAAAACCAAGAAAGCCGACUUUUCUCAAAACAACCGGCAACGAUGGAGCAGAGGAAGAAAGAGGCAAAGUUGGAAAUGAUGAAUUGUUGGAAUCACGCCGGUUGAGCGUGGAAGAGUUGUCAAUUCCAGAUAUCGACGACUUGGAGAAACAAUUUGCAAAGAGAUUUCCUAGCUACGUGUAA